AUGUAUUUUAAAAUUCGUGAUCUAACAACAUUAACAAUUCUGUCAAUUUUUGGGAGCGUGUUUUUGAGUGCUCAUCGAACACAGCAUUGGCUAAAUAUGUUCAUAAUUUUACUCUUCCUUUUUAUUCUUCCAAUUUGUAUUGCUAUAGCUAGUCGUGAUUCAUCAGCUCGUCAAGUACUUCGAUAUGGAUGGUCACCAAUUAUAUUUUCUAUGAUGAUUAGUAGCAGUGGUGGUUUUGUAUUGGAAAGAGCUGUCAUGAACUUUCAACAAAUGCCUCUCUAUCAGCCUGUUAUGAAUGGCGUUGGUGGAAAUUUAGCAGCCGUUGCAGCUUCAAAACUUUCAACUUUUUAUCAUCAAUGUUCAACAAUUGGAACACUUCCAUUUGAUUGGACAAUAAAAAGAUUUUAUUCAUUUUCUCGUGCAUUUUUUUCUUCUGAUGAGGAUAGUCGCUCAGCUCGUGUUUUUCUUCUACUUUGCGUUCCUGGACAUAUUUUCUUUAAUUGGGUAAUUUCUUCAUUACAUGUACAUACUGGACAAUAUGUUCAAGGAUCGUUAUUCACUGCUUUAUAUUUGAGUGCUGCAUUGGCACAGGUGUGGUUUUAUUUAUUAAAAUAUUUUUGA